CGGCGCUUCGCUCCGUCACCGACGCGCCAAGAUGGCGGCGCCCGCGGCUCGGCGGGGGAGCUGAGGGAGGGCGCGCGCAGAUACCAUAACGUUAAGAAUGCAGUCGGUUUGUGAAAGAGUUGUCCUUUGUUCCUCAUGUUUGAAGAGGCAGCUAAAUGGCUUCCUGGGAUUAAUUAAAUGGCAGAGAAGACUGGUUCCUGCUUGUGUGAGAACUAUUUACAGUGAGACGGGGAAAUGGGAAAAAAGCUAUGGGUUGGAGACAAGAAAACGAGUUGAAAAUUGGUGGUUCCCAAGAAUAAAGGAUCAGUUCUGCAGAAUUUCAGAAACUGAUAAAUCAAGACCAAAAUUCUAUGUGCUUUCUAUGUUCCCAUAUCCUUCUGGGAAGCUUCACAUGGGCCAUGUUCGUGUCUACACCAUCAGUGAUGCGGUAGCUCGKUUCCAGAAAAUGAGAGGGAUGCAGGUGAUAAAUCCAAUGGGAUGGGAUGCAUUUGGUUUACCAGCAGAAAAUGCUGCAGUUGAACAUGGCCUUCACCCUGCAAGCUGGACACAGAGUAAUAUCCAACACAUGAGGAAACAGUUUGAUGCACUAGGUUUGUCUUUUACAUGGGAAAGGGAGGUAACCACUUGCUUACCAGACUACUACAAAUGGACACAGUAUCUCUUUCUUAAGCUUUUUGAAGCUGGGAUGGUAUAUCAAAAAGAGGCCUUGGUUAACUGGGACCCAGUGGAUCAGACUGUUCUAGCUAAUGAACAGGUGGAUGACAAUGGYUGCUCGUGGCGUUCAGGAGCAAAAGUGGAACAGAAAUAUCUCAAACAGUGGUUUAUCAAGACAACUGCUUAUGCAAAGGCUAUGUUUGAUGCUUUAUCUGAUCUCCCUGAGUGGUAUGGUAUUAAAGAAAUGCAAGCAAAUUGGAUAGGUGACUGUGUUGGAUGCUCUCUUGACUUCUUGCUAAAGGUUAAUGGCAAAGUAACGGAAGAGAAGGUAGCAGCUUACACCUAUACACCUGAAGCCAUUUAUGGAGCUUCCCAUUUAUAUAUCUUACCAACUCACAGACUGCUGCAUGGGAAUAGCAGUCUCAAGGAAAUCUUUCAGAGGGAGCUCAUCCCAGGGAAAGACUCACUUACUUCAGUGACAGCUGUGAAUUUGCUUACCAAUCAGGAGAUUCCUGUAGUCAUCUCAGCAAAGAACGAUUUUGAUAAUUUUCUUGAUACUAAAAUAGGAAUUCCUAGUACUUGUGCAGAAGAUGCUGCAGUAGCUGAGAAACUGGGCAUUUCUUUCACUGAAGUCAUUGAGACAUUGCCAAAUGGUUUGGAGAAGGUCAUUAAUUCUGCAGAKAUCACCGGUAUGACUCGGCAGGAGGCUUUAAAAGCUAUUACUCAGCAGGCCAAAAAUAAAAGAAUAGGUGGAGACCUAACAAGUGACAAAUUGAGAGACUGGUUAAUAUCUCGACAGCGGUACUGGGGAACACCCAUUCCAAUCAUUCACUGCCAGACGUGUGGCACYGUUCCUGUGCCUUAUGAAGAUUUACCUGUGGUGUUGCCCAAUGUAACCACGUUCACAGGAAAGGGAGCCUCACCCCUGGAAAGCGCCCCAGAAUGGGUGAACUGUUCCUGUCCGAGGUGCAAGGCAGCAGCRCGGCGAGAAGUCGACACCAUGGAUACAUUUGUUGAUUCCGCCUGGUACUACCUGAGGUACACUGACCCUCACAACACAGACAGGCCCUUUAAUACUGACUUAGCAGACUACUGGAUGCCUGUGGAUUUGUACAUCGGAGGAAAAGAGCAUGCAGUUAUGCACUUAUUCUAUGCAAGGUUCUUCAGCCAUUUUUGCCAUGAUUUAAAGAUGACAAAACACAAGGAGCCUUUCCAUAAGCUSUUGGUUCAAGGUCUUAUCAAGAAUCAGACAUUCAGGCUAACAACAACAGGCCAGUGUUUGAAGAGAGAGGAGGUUGAUCUCACUGGAACRGAACCAGUUCACCGUAAAACUGGUGAGAAGCUCCAAGUUGCUUGGGAAAAAAUGAGCAAAUCUAAGUACAAUGGAAUAGACCCUGARGAAAUAGUGAAAGAGUAUGGCAUUGACACCCUACGUCUUUACAUUCUGUUUGCUGCUCCUCCAGAACAAGACAUUUUGUGGGAUGCUAAAACUGAUGCUAUGCCGGGUGUUCAGAGAUGGCAGACGCGCCUCUGGGCACUUGUAACCAAACUUAUUGAAGCAAGGACUUCAGGAACCAUGCCCAAUCCUGAGCUUCUGAAUAAGAAAGAGAAGGMUGCAGCAAGAAAGAUCUGGGAGCAGAAGAAUCUGGUGAUUUCUGAGGUAACUGAGUACUUCACAAAGGAUCAUUUGUUCAAUGCAGCUAUUUCCCGAUUGAUGAGCCUCACUAAUGUACUCCAUCAAGCUUCUCGACCUCUUGUUCUCCACAGCACAGAAUUUGAAGAUGCUUUGGCUUCACUCUGCAUUAUGGUCGCACCUAUGGCUCCCCACAUUGCAUCAGAGAUGUGGAAAGGUCUGGCACAUGUGCAGAAUAAACUUUGUGUUCAUCAUCCCUGGGAUGUUGAUGUUCUGCAUCAGUCCUGGCCCAAAGUAGACCCAGAGUACCUUCAGCCAUCAGAUGUUGUGGAGAUGUCUGUACUGAUCAAUAACAAAGCUUGCGGCAAAGUUUUUGUGCCUCAGCAAGCAGCCCGCAAUUUUGAAGAAGUCCAUGAGCUAGUUCUUCAAAGUGAACUUGGAGUCAAGCAUCUCCAGGGACGAGCAAUUAAAAAGGCCUUUCUGUCUCCCAGAACUGCUCUUAUCAACUUCUUAGUGCAAGAAUAGUGAAGGCUCUGCUGGGCUGCAAAAGGGGACUGGAAUCUUUUGAGGUGGAAACCAAUGCAAAAACACCCAGUUACGGUUAUUUCUCUGUCAUGCAAAGGUGGGAAAGAAAUCUUAUUAAAAUCAGGUUGCUGCUAAAUCUUCAUUUCAAUGCGGAGAAAUGUGCAGAAUUAAAGUUUCUUAUUGAGUCAUGGUAAAAUGCAGCUGGUCCAUGUUCUUUGGGACAAAGAAGCACAGAAGAGUUAAACCAUUGUAACAGUUAAACCAUUGUAACAGAAUAUGAAUGAUACAAAGUGCAUGGGGCUUAGUGUCAGCCUCAGCAAUAUAUCUUCUUGGAAAGUUGGCUUGGCUAAAUACUGGUGCAUAAAUGUGAUUCCAGGACUAAACGACUGCCCUGAGUAUGUGCUACCCAAAAUGUUAGGUGUGCUUUGCUCCCUGUAGCUCAUGUUUGGGAACUCUACCAUUAACAACAUUUUAAGUUUUUAGAAAAUGUUACUACGGAGUGUUAAUUUAAAAAAUCAUUUCUUUGCACUGACCAAUGGCCUUGGGCACAGCAGGUAGCCAGAAUGGGGUGGCUUGAUACAUUUCACAUAAAUUUCAGAGCCAAGCCAAGAAAAAGGUCAGAUUAUUUAGCCAAGCCCUGCCUUGGCCAGGGUUCUCCUUCCUAGCUGAUGUGUYUGUGUUGGCACAUGCAUGAGAGAUGCAACUUCAGCUAAGUGCUGAUGGCUGUUUCUGCAUGGAACAGGGUGGAAGUUACUUCCURCACAUGAGCCAUCUCAGAGACUUUCAGGGCAUUCAAGAGAGGGAUCGGUUGGCUGCUGGAAAUGCAGCCGUGGGGAAGGCAGACCGGGUGCUUUUUGCCUGUACCAGAUCUUGUAGUGCCUAAAUCAUAAAUCUUGAAUUGAAAUUCUUUUUUUCUUUUUUUGAGGGUUUCAUUAAGUGAAAAAAGCAAUCAUGUUUCUAAAAAUCAAUCAGACAUUCAUAAAACAUAAAGCCAUUCUCACGCCUAAUUCCARCCAUGUUAUUUGUACGCCACGUUGCUGAUAGAUCCACAUGGAAAUAUUUAUUGUGUUCAGCAARUGCUUGAAAAAGAGUUUCCAAGGAAACAAUUGCAGGGUUCAUUGUGAAAGAAUGUAUUUUCUUUAAUAGUCAUUCAGCUAACUAGUCCAAUAAGCCAGCCAUUUGUGAGCCAUUCUGAUAGUUAAGAAAUCAGCAGAAACAACCAGCAAGGCAAAUACAGAGGUCUGCAGUAACCCUCCAGCCCAGCAGGCAUCCAGACUGUACUAGAUUGAAAAGAAACCAAGAAAAAUAUCCCACAUAACAGUAAAUAAGUCUAAUAGAUCCUCRGCAACUAGGCUCAAGACAGAUCACAUUGCCAUGUGGGUACUAGCUAAGCAAUGCCAAUAUUCAUUYUGGGUUUAUGCAUUUUUGGUACCAAAUAUCCAGAUACCUAAUAGAGAGGCCAGGCUUAGUGAGUGUGUUUGGCUCUACAAAUCCGUACCUCUGCAACAAAACUCUUCUGAUUUCUGCUUCCUCUUGGACCACACUUGUGCAGAUUUUUUCUCCAGCAGUCCUUUGAUACCAGAAUGACUAAGAAAUAGAAUAUUUAUAAUGAAGAUAUGGUCUUUGCAGUUUUAAGACUCCAGAAAUCUGAGUCACAAAGGAAUGCAUUCAGACAUUCAAACACAGGCCUUUAGUUGGAGUUAAAAUAAUUUGAAUUCCAGUGUCUGCCUGACAUAUAUGUUGUUAUAAAUUCAUAAAACUCCUGUUCAGAAGCUCCUAAAAGGACUGUGAAAGAGAUCCUUUGAAAAUCUGUGGCACAGCACAG